AAUGAAGCAGUCCUUUUAAAUCAAAUCAGACAUGUAUUUAUUAUUAUAUAGUUGUGAGAUAACUUUGCUUUAAAAUUGUAUUCCUGGGGUCCAGUUCAGUUGGCAAAAGUUCCAUUAUUAAGAGAUUCCUCAAAAAUGAAUUUGCAAUGAAAUCGAUGAGCACUGUUGGAGUUGCAUGUGUAUUACAUAUAGAUUACCCAAGGAAUCGAAAGUAAUUACUAUACACAACCAAUAAGUAAAGGUGCAAUUGUGGGACACCGCAGGACAAGAGAGAUAUAGAUCCCUCACAAAGAAUUACUAUAGGAAUUGUGAUGCCAUGGUGAUUGUCUAUGAUGUUUCAAGUAUGAAAAGUUUCAACUAGGUGAAUGGUUGGAUUGCUGAUUUCGAAGAGUAUUCAAUUGAUUCAUCCCACUAGCAAAUGUGAAAGACCAGCAAUUAAGAUGUUGCUAGGAAACAAAAUAGAUCUGAAUCGAGAAGUGGGAAUUGAAUUGGGUAAGAUCCUCUCCCAAAAACAGAAGCUAUUAUUCCAAGAAGUAUCAGCAAAAUAGAAUACCAAUAUUGAAAAUGCAAUGAUAAAAUUGAUCGAAAUUUUGAUUCAAACAAGAUAAAUUGAUUCUGGGGGCAAAGUAAUCAGAAGGGGAUCUCUCUUUGAAAGUAAAUCGAGCAGCGGAGACAUGUCCUUCAGUGGGAUGAGCAAAUCAACAAGGCCUGUUUCUUAUAAGCCCCCAGAAAAGGAUGUGUCGAGUUCUGAUACUUCUAAAGUAUAGGCAAUUAGGGCUGGAGGUGAAAGUUCAUAAGAAGAAUCACCCUUUACUUCUGGGCCUCUUCUAUAAUAGACUUCUCCUCCGACUAUAAUUGUGACUCCGCCUGAUGAUGCUCUUGUUGCCAGCCAAGAUGAGAACAAUAAUAUGUGGUUAGGUGUUUCGAAACAUAAAAAGUAAUCCCAUAGUGUGAGUAUGCCUUUGAAAUUGGUUCAUCCCAGGGAAUCUGAAACAAUUAGGGAUGAGUAUUUUCUAAGACAAAAUGCCAAUCAGAGUUGUUUCUGUUCUUGUUGAUUAUAUUAAAUUCUCUAUUAAUUAAUUAGGAAAAAAAAAGAUUUAAAAAAUUAUUUUAAAUAAAAUGCCAAAGGGACAGACAACAACUACCUAAAAAGCAUAGAAGGCUGCCAAGAAUGCUAGAGUUGCUAAGAAGGUCAUCAGAGCUAGAACUCAUUUCCAAAAUAGAUUCCACACAGCCAAACCUUUGGCACUUGCAAGAAAACCAAGAUUCACCAGAUUGACCAGAUAAUUGAAACCCAUUACCAAAGGUUUAGAUUUCUAAAAUGUCCUCAAACACCCUCUUAUUACAGAAAAGGACAUGAAGAAGAUGGAAGAUGAAAAUACCAUGGUCUUCUAUGUCAAUUAAAAAGCAACAAAACCAUAAAUCAAAAGAGCAUUCUCUAAGAUCUACGAAGUCAAAGUGAGAAAAGUCAACGUAAUAUUUACAUGCCUAUAUUCAGAUCUUAAAUACCUUUGGUGGCAAAAAGAAGGCAUACAUCAGAUUGGGAGGUGAGAACGAUGCACUCAACUUGGCCAACAAAAUCGGAAUCAUCUGAGUGACAAAGUCAUUUUAUUGCAUAGUAAAAUAUAUAUAAAUAUACCUAUCAUUUCU